GUAAUUCUGAUCAGGCAAACGCGACUAGGACCACAUGCGGGGGUCCUCAUCUUCAAAACAAACAAAAUGUCGGCACACAUCAGAUGGGGACUUCAGCGGUUAAUACGGGCCCGAAGCAAAACUCUCUUCAGGUUACCAGAUCCCUCACAGACCGCAGUAUCAGCCUUCAGAUCGGUCCAGCGUCAGCCAGGGGCAGGAGCCACAUUCUUCUCGGCCAGAAACCUGUCCAUCCAGACUCAAGAUACUCCCAACCCAAGAAGCUUGAAGUUCCUCCCUGGGAAACCGGUCCUGGGAAGCGGUACGCUGGACUUUCCCUCUCCGAACUCGGCUGGAUCUUCGUCUCUGGCCCGGGAGCUGUUUGAGAUUGAGGGAGUGAAAAGUGUGUUCUUUGGCCCUGACUUCAUCACCGUGACUAAAACGGACGAGGAUGUGGAGUGGACGGACAUUAAACGUCAUGUUUCAGAUGCUAUUUCCAAGUUCUUUGAGAGUGGGGACCCAAUAACAACAGGAGCAGUGCACCAUGAAAGCAGUCUUUCUGAAGAUGAUGAUGAUAUUGUAUCUAUGAUAAAGGAGCUUCUGGACACCAGAAUUAGACCUACGGUGCAAGAAGACGGAGGUGACGUCAUCUUUAAAGGUUUUGAGAACGGCACAGUGAAGUUGAAGCUGGUUGGAUCCUGCACAGGGUGUCCCAGCUCGACGGUUACUCUCAAAAACGGCAUUCAGAACAUGAUGCAGUUUUAUAUCCCAGAGGUGGACAACGUGGAGCAGGUGGAAGACGAAGUGGAUGAAAUUAAUGCAAAGGUUUUUGCAGAUGUGGAGCGUAAGCUACAAGAAUAAGAACUUCCUCACCAGACAACACGCUUAUGAUCUCUGUCUGAAGUAAAAUGUCUGUAAACACAUGAUAAAACAGUGUUUCUGUUGUUGAUCAUACUGGAUCAAAAGCUUGAUGUGAGAAAAAUAUUUCCAGAUUUUUCUUUUGCAUCCAUUCUAAAUAUUCUAACUGUAAUUUGCAUUCACAUACUGUAUGCCCCUGUCCUUGAAGCAAGGUGAUAUAAAGAAAAAAAUGUUUUUUCUUUAGUUUUUGUUUUAGUUUUGUUUUUUUGCAAUUGUUGUAAAUGUUGUUGUAUUUAUUUCUUAUAAAUAUUGUAAAUUAAGAAAGAAUAUUUUGUUAAGAUUAUGACUCUGUGGAAGUUUAAGACAAUGGUCUAUGUCUUCCUGGAACAUUUGACAGUUAUUUCCAUUUACAGCCACUUUGACGUAAAAUACGGUUAAAUUUAGAAAACAAAUACUUUAUUUAAUGAAAUUAAAUGGAGGAAAAUUAGUUAAAUCAUUCAUUUCAUAGUAUUUGUACAUGAAAGUUGGUGACUAUAUAUAAGCCGCAGUUCCAUUGACUACUUGGUUGACACCUGAAAGGAUAUUUACAUGCAUUGUGCUCUACUUUGUAGUUUUAUUAUAUCACAUUAAAGUUCACUUUGACUUUG